AUGGGAAAUAAUGGGCAGAAAGUCACCAUCGACAUUUCUACUCCUUCAGGGACUAAGGGUGUUGUUAGUAUUCCUGGUGACAUAUCCGGUGUGCAAGUUGAUGGCAAAGCUCUGGCUGUUAAUAGUGACGUCUCGGCAUUCUCAAAGCAGAUGAAGAUUUCACCAAUCAUCAUAGAGAUGAUACGUCCCAAAUGGCAGAUACACAGCGCGGACUCGAAUAUACUCCGUGAUGAAGAGCACGCGAGCACACGACAUGAAAAGAGAGAAGCAGUCAUCUCAAGUCGCCGCAGGAACCUAGCGCCCGUGCUGAACGACGAUGAACUCAGACGCGCAUUCUGCGGUGCGGUUAUCGACGGCAACAUUCGCGUGCCUUGUCUGUAUUCGGAAAGGAAACGUAAAACUGAUACGGCUGUUGCCGACAGUGUGUCCCUGCUGUUUACGAUACAACCUUGA